CAUCACUUAUUGUUGACGCAUGGCAAGUUCCAUCCGGUGUGGCAGUACUUGCCGCAUUGCCGGCAAAAGCAGCUAGUAUUUUACAGCAUAGUGAAGCCAUUGCUGCAAGAUUUGGUAAUGCUACGGUGGAAAGACAAGAGACAUAGACGACAUUUGUUUUCGGCCCUAUUCCAAAGAAAGUUAACACAUUAG